AUUCCGAACUUUAAAUAAGAGGUUUGAAACAAUUCCGGUGAAUAAUGUUGCUAAUAUCAUCAAAAUACCGAAUAAUAAAAAAUUACGGUGAAUAAUGUCGCUAUAAUCAUGGAGUUCUCUAAGUAAUAUAUUUUAUGAAAACAUAUUCGGUGUAAACAAGACAUUAGAACUCCCCCACACAUUACAUUUAGUUGUGCUAGAAUUGUACACGCCACUGUUUCGUGAUUUUGUUUAAUUUGUUUCUCUUCCAUUGUGCGAUGCCCUCCCUCGUAGUCUCUUCAAACACUCCGUUGGCCAUCACAGCGAUAACAGCUACAUACACACAUACAGACAUACACCAUGUGUUUAAUUAGGAGAAUUGUGAGAAAUUUUAGUUAGCUCGCGGAUGUGUUAACAACAGAACAAAUUUUUAAUUAGUAUUGUCGACAAUUUCGUGCGGUAAGCCCACACACUUCUAGACCCUGCCAAGACACCCCUCCCAUUUGAUUCCCGGCUAACACCAUGUCUGACAUUGACAGCCCUCGGCCAUUUCGUCGUGAACGAAAUCUAAGCAAUCGUAACUUUAAUAAACGCGGUUCAAAUCGCCGACGUCAGAGUACCGAAAGUCACAGUUCCAUUGAACCGCGCUUGCUACAUGAAAUCAGUAUAGAAGACAAUACCUCCGAAAACUCCUCACAACCUGCAACACCCUCAACCGCCACCACCACCUCCACCAGUUCCAGUUCUCUCAACAUGGUAUACUCUGUCAAUUCAGAUGCAACAGAAAGCUCUGCCAACCACAAACCCAGCAAACCAAUGAGAAAACUUCGUUCGUAUGAGUUCACCACAAGUCUAGAGGCAACAAAUACAUCCCCUUUGGAGGGUGAUUCCCCCGAAAUGCCAACGCCUGAAAAUCAGCAUCACUCUUCGGCUGCGACAACGCCAGUAACACCCGAUCCGGCCUGGUUGGGCGUUCAACAGAAACGUAUUCUCUUCGAAAAAUUCCAUGCCAGCGAUAACUUGAAAACAUCCAAAUUUAAUUCCAAAUCGACACAAUCAUUGCUCAGCAGCGAACGGGCCCAGCCGGUGUGGCAUAAGGUGUCAGCGCCCACAUUAAAUUCUUCCUCCACAUCCUCAAAUUCCGGUUCAUAUUACGUGGCACCGCCGGGUCGGGUUCUGGUCAUGAACUUGGAUAGUCAAAACAUCAAACAUCAUUCCUCGUUUCAUCAUAGUAUCGAUGAGGAACACACCGAAGAUGAAGUCGAUGCCAUCGAGGAUGAGGUAGCGGAAGAAUGUCCGGCCGGUGAUGGGUCGGAAAAUCGCAAAUCUCUGCAAGAGAAUUCACCACCAAUAGCAGAAGCCACAAAUAAAACAUUUUUGGCACCAUUCUUAACGCAUUCGAACAGUCAUGAGCCAAGCGGAAGUAAGGUGGAGGAGGAGGAGGCCUCCGUGCAGAAGAAUAACACAAAUAAGAGUGAUGAAGUGCUGGUUAAAGAAAAAACCAAAGAUUUUCCCAGAAACUAUCGAUCGCGACCUCUAACAGAAAUUGGCGGCUCACAGACGGUACGUUUGCGCGGCGAGAAAUACACAUCCUUAAGGCAGGUGAUAUGUGAUCCCGAAGAUGAGGAACAAAUUGAAAUGCGUGAUAAGGGUUAUGGUUGCAUACAACCGAUACUCGAUGAGCUGAUCAAAACCGAAGAAACCUAUGUUGAGAACCUGUGGAUGGGCAUCAAUAACUAUGGCAAUAUGUUUGAACGUAAAGAUUUGCCCAUGGGUUUGCGUGGUAAAAAAUAUGUGCUAUUCGGUAAUGUUGAACAGCUGGCCGAAUUUCAUCGCGAUGAAUUCCUGCCAAUGUUGCAUCGCAAUAAACAUGAUUUGAAGAGAUUAUUUGAUGAGUUCCAACAGUAUAUAGAGCAACACUGUUUUUACGGUUAUGUUUUAUAUACCAUGAACAAACAACGUUCCUUGAAACUAUGUGAUACUUAUAAGAAUUAUUUUAAGCUGAUCCAAACAGAAUUGGAUGAUAAGUUGGGCAUUAACAGUUUUCUAGUACAACCCAUUCAGAGGAUGGCUCGAUAUCCUCUGCUGCUGACACAAUUUAUAACGACCCUGUUUAAAAAUCGUGACUAUAUUAUGAAGCCAGUUAUUGAAUCCUGUUGCCGUUUGGAGAAAAGAUUAAGAACUCUGCUAACUACCACAAAUGAAUCGGAGGUCAUUAACGAUAUUGUCUGUUUAAGUGAGACGCAUGAGUUCAACACCUUCUAUCAGGGUAAAUUCCGUAAAGUUAGUGAAUUCAAUAUUGCCGAUCACACACUGAAACGCACCUAUCGUGGCAAGGUGUUCAUUUUCGACAAAUGUAUUAUCUAUACCGAAAUCAAGGGUAAACAAUUGAUAUUCCAUGGCCGUUAUCCGUGUGAACACAUAGGCAUUACGGCAAAGACCAAACAAUUUACCCUCUACUAUGAACAUCGUAAGAAACAGGAAUGUGAUUUUAUGGCUGAUGCUGCCCUCGUUGAACAGUGGUUGGAUUUGAUACGUGAAAUGGUUAGCUCCUAUGCGGAGGAGGAACGUAAGAAAUUCAAGGAGAUGCGUGCUCUGGAACACGGUGAAGAUCAUAUGCAUCCCAAACCGGCAAAUUUAUCGCUGUUUCGUGAUUCGAAUCGUUUUAGUACGGACAGUGGUAUUGGUAAUAUGUGGAUAUUACCAAAACCGGAAACUGAUGAGAGUUCGUCAAGUCGUGCCACAUGGUAUGCAACGACGUAAGGGGGAAGUUUUUUUGUUCCCCAAAAUAUUUGAGAAGAUUUCUGCCGCAAAUAGCUUUGGUGGGAAGGAAAUUAAUUGUAUUUAAUGUUCUGUUAUUCCUGCAGAAACAAAACGCCGCUCAAUCAAAGACAUUGCUGAGUACUAAAUGACGGAUUAGUAUUUUGUUUUUUUUUUUUUAUUAUGUGAAUAAUUUUAAUAGCCAUUGAUUGUUAUUGUUAUUUUAUAUUCAUUUUUUUUGAGUAUUCUAGUUUUUAAGCUCUAGUUAGCCAUGUUUGUCUAUGUAGUAAUUUUUUUUGUUAUUUAACUUAUGUACGAACGUCACAAAUGAAGUUGGGAAUCAACCAAAUGCCAAAUAUUCCAUUUUUUUAAAGAAUAAUUAAAACAACGAUGUAAUAUUUAAUGAAAUAUAAUAAAGAAAAUACAUCUGUGAUGGAUGUAGAAUCAGAUAAUUACAGAAACAAAAA